CUCCUCUCUCCUCCUCCCUCUUUCUUCUGUCCCCCUCCUCAGUCAAGCAUUGCGGCCAGACGAAGAGUACCCGAGCACCACUCCAGUCGCCCGCUUCCUCACGCCCCGAGAGCCGCUUUGCCUGCUCCAUGGGUCGCAACCUCUUCGACUUUAACAUCGCCAACAGCAGCUCCAAGUUCCUCAGUGGGAACGCCGCCGCCUUUAGCGACGACAAGGAAUCCGGACUCUCGUCCACGCGCAGCACCGCUAGCUCCUCUGCCGAAUCGUUUGCGACCCAAUCCCAGGGUCUCCCGUCCCAGACUCCUACAGCCGCAGACAUGGAGGCGCUCAGUCAGAGCCACACGCAUCGCAGUCGCGCGGCCGACCACAGCAGCCGCGGAGACCGCAAGCCCAUGACCUUCACCACCACCAGCUCCAUCACGGGUACCAACACGACGACAAUCGUUGCCGGUGGACAAACGCAUCAGGCUCUAAUGGGUCACGUGCACAAUGCCAACGCUGCAGCCGAGUCUAAGGCCAGUAAGAAGUGCUCAGUGUGCGGCAAGAGCUUCAAUCCUCUGCGUCGACGACACUACUGUCGCACUUGCACGGCCGUAGUCUGCAGCUCAUGCAGCAUCUCCAGGAAGGUCGAAAGCACUUUCGAAGGUGCCAUUACAGUGCGCAUGUGCGUAAGCUGUAAGCUCAGCUCCAUCGCGUCCCAGGACGACUUUUACGACCGAAUCUUUUCCACCAAUGGAGGAACCAAUGCGGCCGCCACGUCGGACUCACAGCCCAGUGGCAGUGACGGAGACUUUGCUACUGACCGACUGAGCUUUGCCAGUUACUCGUCCGGAACGGGGAACGGAUCCAAGGACGACUCCAUGGUGGACUCUCAAGCCCCUAUGGAGAAGCGCACAGCCAGUGGCUCGAGUCUUCCUGUUCGACGCAAGUCUAGUACGACGAGUGGUAAUGGCAAUGCAGAGCCAGCUGGUCAACGAGGACGUCACGGCUCGUUUACUGGCCCCCCAGCGGUCUCGGAGGACUGUCCGUGGUGCAUGAACGAAGCCUGUGCCCCGCUUCACGAGUACUUUGAAGUGCCCUACCCGUUCUUCCUGGAACUCGCCGACCCAGCUGCCAAGAAUCAGUACAUUGCAGCGAAACACCUUGAUAACGAGAAGGAACGCCUUCGUUCGGUACGGACUAUCCGCGGUGCACUCAAGGCUGGCACGUCGGCUUCGCAGACAAUUCAGCAGCUUUGUAACAUGGCUGCUAUUGCGACUUCGAGUCCGAUGGCGCUCGUGGGUCUGCUAGACAAGCACGUGUACGUCCCGUGUGCUGAGACGGGCCUGGGAUCUCUAGACAAGAUCGAUAGACAGAAGAGUUUGGCAGCUCACGCCUGUCGGAACGGCUCGCCUCUGGUCUGCAGCGACUUGACGCGCGACGUUCGCUUUGCUGCCAACCCGUGGCGGAGAGAUGUGUUGCAGGCGCAGUUUUACGCUGGUAUCCCGCUUACGCUUUCGAACGGCCACACGAUCGGAGCCAUUGAAGUGUUCGAUGUUACGCCACGAUUCGCCUGUAUGGACGUCAUUUCGCAGCUACAGACGGUUGUGCGUGGUCUUCUGCGUAAAUUUGAGGAGAUCCUGGCUAAGAACGAGUCCUUUGGAGAAGAAGAAACGGCGCACAAGUCUUCUUCCUCGUCAGGACGACGGACACCGAAGAGUGAAAGUGGAGAAGGUAAGCGUACCCCUCGUGCCCCAGCUCCCAGUGCACCUAGUGCACCGGCCAUUCCACCGCCAAAGAAGUCGCCAAAGCCGCGAGCUCCUGCCGCUCCAGCGCACAAGCCGUCGGGUCCGGCGCCUCAACCACCCAAGCCAAGGGAAGAACCGAAGGCUCCAGCGCCGACACCGGUACCUCCUGCACCAACACCAACCCCGGCCCCGGUAGAAACACCAGCUCCAGCAUCGACUCCGGCAGCCCCUGCAGCAGGCGCUGAGCCCACGCAGGAAGAAAUGGAGAUGCGACUGAUGCAGUUGCUGUCUCAAACCACUAGCACACAGGAACAACUACGAAACCAACAGGGACAGAUGGUGAACGCUAUCAGCAGUCACUCGAAGCAGAUCAGCGACUUGGCCAAGCAGCUUGAGCGCAUGGAAUCGACGCUCGCUGCUAAGCUCGGCAUGGACACAGAUGACGAGGACUCUCCCGCUAAGGAAGAUGCGGACGCAGCAAGUGCGUAGACUUACAGUUGCCCCAGGUAGUGAAUUAGUUCCAGCGAUACAGUGCAAGUAAGGUAGAGCCCGUGCAUGCUCGCAUUGGUUCGCGCCGUCUGUUAAUGCGUUUUACUCCAACCUGUACAAGAAUGCACUAAACAGACGAGAACACUAGGAAGGUGAUCAUUGAACAAUAAUUGUUGCCAACUCGCAUGCCAUAAUUGCAAUUAUUGAUCACUCGAAUCGAUUGAUAAACGUGUCAUAAUUUAAUGUUUGAAAAGCA